GCCGCUGCAUCGCAUGGGCCCAUCGAAGCAGUUAUCCAUACGGCCGGCUUGUCCCUAUCCACAGGUUGUGCGCAAAAGAUCCUCGAAGUAGAUCUUCUCGGCACUGCCAACGCUCUUGAUGAUUUUCUUAGAGGUGGCGCAGUCCGGAACGAGCAUGGUCUGCAUCGCCAGUAUGGCUGGUCAGAUGGGCUCAGGUUUGCCAUCAGAGCUAGAGCGUCAUCUCGCGACAGCGCCUAGAGAUGAGUUGUUAGAGCAUGAUGCUCUGAAGAUUUAUGCGGCCGAUCCUCAUGGCCCUGUACAAACCUAUGGUCUGUCGAUACGCGGGAAUUUACUACGCGUUCAGGCUUCAGCUAAAGCAUGAGGUCGCGUUGGUGCGAGAGUCGAUUCCGUUUCUCCCGGCGUCAUCCCUACAAGCGCUGGGCGCCAGGAGAUCAAUGGUCCAGCUGGAAAGUUCAUAGCUCCGAGUCCCGUUGCUCGCGUUGGAACACCGCAGGACGUUGUGAAUGCUGUUUCAUUCUUGACUAGCUAGGGUGAUUCUCUUGAUUUGUGAAUGUUGGACGUAUGUUUAUGGUUUAUGUGGUUUUCGAAUGGAAGCGACAGCUUAUUAAUGGUAGUUGACACUGGUUUUACUCGUUCGAAACUAC